AUGUCCAACCCUGCCCCUGGCAACAUCCCACUACUGCCACCAGUAAUGCAGAUUAUAGGUUAUGCCAUUGUAUCCGGGUGGGGUGUUGAGGAAUUUGGCGGCGAACCUUCGGAACGGCUCCAGCGUGCUGUUCUGCCAAUUGUUUCAAUCCGGAUGUGCCAAUUUACGAACAUUGUCAUGCAAAGCCAACUGUGUGCUGGGUUUUUGGGAGGUGGAACUGACGCAUGCACUGGUGACUCUGGCGGCCCAUUAGUCUGCUUCAACAAUCCCAAAGAUCCCGAAAAAGAUGCAAGAAGAACCCGUGACUGGCGAGGGAAUAAAGCAGCAAAGAGUGAAAUUGAGUUCGGUUGGCCCAAGGAGUUCUCCCCGUCUCCUUUUUUGUGUGGGGUGGUGUCCUAUGGUCACGCCUGUGCUCAGGCAAUGUUCCCAGGGGUUUACACCCGGGUUGGAUACUACCUUGACUGGAUCAGCAAAACGAUCGCAGCAAAUCAUUUUCGUGAAGAAAACUUCAAUUUCCUCGGCAUGGUUUCGAACGGCAGGGAGAAGGAUCCUGGCAAAAUCUGCGCUGGAGUUUUGAUCCACUACCAGUUUCUCCUCACAUCUUCCGAAUGCUGUAAUGAAACCUGCAAAAUGAGAUAUGAAUGCCGAUGUUCCAUGGUUGACUUUGAUCAUUGGCGCAUUCCAUUCUCAAAUCGCAUCACUUUCGACGUUUCCGAACAUUUUCCAUUCGACGAGAAAAAAGCUUUCAACAUGAUCGCAAGAACAUCAAGAAGCGCCAUCUUUCCACCAGAAUCAAAAAUAGAGCGCUUUCCAAAAUCUGGGGAACCUUUAGCAGUUCUGAGGCUCAGUAGAGGGGCAAAUUUUCGCGAAUUCAUUCCACCAUUGAAUCUCAUUCAAGAUCCUGAAAACUUAGAAGCAUUGCCUGGAAGUCCACUGGUUUGCCACGGAAAUUCCUUGAACAAUUCCAGUCCGAAAACCAGUUCCCUUUGUGGGAUAACCGGCAGAUUUGAAGGACCGACUUCCAAGUACCAAACCUACUUCUCUCACAACCCGGAUCCCAACUGGCCAAAAUAUGAGAAGAACAUUUGCGUUUUCCGGCUAAUCUUCUUUCCGGAGUUUGGCUUUUCGAAUCAAGGAAUUUCUCUGCAAGAUUUAAUGGCUUUCAAAGGGUAUAACAUGUAACAAACUAGUAGAUGUCUUAAUGAUGAGAUGGAAACUGGGUUCGAAUUCGAAAAUGAAUCGCAUUGGAAACACG